UUUUGAAUUUUUUUCACUACUACUUUCUAAGACUUUCAACAAAACAAAGAAACUCUCAUCCUUUUUCAGCUCUUGAUUUUCCAAGCCAUGGCUAGCUCAAAGUCUGGCGCUUGCUGGCUUUUCAAACUCAUCUUUAUUGCCUUUUUAUUAUGCUUCUUUGCAGUCUUAAUUUUCUGGCUUAUUUUCCGUCCCAAAGAGGUGAAAUUCCAUGUCACAGAUGCCACACUCACGCAGUUCAAUUUCAACACCACCACCAACACGCUUUACUAUAACCUCUCUGUCAACAUCACCCUCAGAAACUCUAACAAAAGGGUCGGUGUAAACUACAACAGCAUUGAAGCCAUUGCUUGCUACCAAAACAAGUUGUUCUCUACUGUGAGUUUGACUCCAUUUUACCAGGGGCACAAGAACACGAGCAUUCUAAGGCCGCUUUUUGAAGGGCAGAAAGAUAUGUCGCUUCAGGUUCACGACCUUUCGAAGAUGAAUGAGGAGAAGAGUGGUGGGGUUUUUGGUAUUGAUAUAAAGCUCUCGGUUCAGAUAAGCAUCAAUUAUGGUAAGUUCAAGACUUUCCAAUUCAAGCCGAGAAUGAUCUAUUGUCCAUUGAAAGUUCCUUUGAGUGAUAAUGGAACUGUUGCUGAAGGUUUUAAGACAACACAAUGUAAUGACGCUUCUUUUUUCUCAGCCCCCGAUGAUACAGAUUGAGAGUUUGAGACUACAUCUAACCCUGUAUAGAUAGAAUCAUCAGCUGGAGGGAUUAGAGUUCUUAGCGACUUUAUUAUGAAAUUCAAUAGCGAGGAUUAAUUUGUGUAGCACCCCCACAUAUGGGCUAACAUAAUCAAUAAUUAUAAAUUUUGUAUAGGACUCGUGUGAGGUGGUAGACAAAUUGGGAGGUGAAAUUGUUAAAUUGUAGUAAAUAUUUGUUUUGAACCUAUCAUUGCUUUAUGAAAUUUCAAAUUUCUUUU